UCUAAAUCUAAAACACAAGUAACAAGUGAUUCCACAACAAACCAAAGAGCAAACAUGAAGAGGACAUACUCAGGUAUACUGUUUAUUUAGAGGAAAUGGGAGCUGUUGUUGUUCUUGCUGUUCUAGCAGUCCUCUCCUCUAUUGUGCUGUCCCUGGAUCCGGUCCCAAUCCAGUUCCAAACGGCACCAGUGCUUGUGCAGACUGGAGGCCAAGCGGUAAUCACAGUGGUCACCAUCUCAAAUGUGCUGUCGAUCAGCUGGACCUCUCCAGGCGGGGCUGCGUUGGGCGUGUGGGUGCCUGCUGGUGCGGUGGUGAGCUCUGGCGGACAGUUCAAUGGCAGAGUCAAUAUCACAGCCACACAGCUGCAGAUCAGCUCCGUCCAGCUGAUGGAUGCUGGGAACUUCACUGUCACCGUGGUACCCUCUGGUGCCACAGGGCUGGGGCAAAACUCACGCUCUGUCGAGGUGAGAGUGUAUGAUGCUGUUAAUGGAGUGAAUCUUUUCGUACCGUCUGUGGCUCUGGAGGGGGGCAACAUCUCGUUGACCUGCACCUGGACACAGGGCACACAGAUAUCAGUGAUUUGGGGAAAGGGGGGAGCAACCAUUACUCCGAACUCUAGAGUGACAGUUUCAGGGGGGUCCCUGAUGAUCAACCCUGGCAACAGAAGUGAUACAGGGGUGUAUUCUUGUACAGUCGGCAAUCCUGUCAGUGCUAAAACUGCCACAGCCAGCCUCACUGUCUACUAUGGCCCAGACUCUCCUACCCUGCAGUUAGAUCCUCAGGUAAACUGUGUGGGAGGAGGCCAGGCGGAAGUUGGGAAGAUGGUGAAAGUCACCUGUCAGUCCGCCUCCCUGCCCCCUGCCCUAUUCUCAUGGCAAAAAAAUGGUCAAUCCGUGACUGCAGACCCACUAAACGGCAGUGUGAUCACCUUUCAGUCCAUCUCCUACAGUCAAAGUGGUGAAUAUGUCUGUGUGGCCAGCAAUGCGAUCACAACAAAGACAGCACAGCAGGUCAUCAGCUUGACUGUUGUCGGCACUUGUCUCAGUCCUGGUGCAGUGGCGGGAAUUGUCAUUGGCUGUGUUCUGGCCAUCAUCUUAAUCAUCAUUGCCAUCAUCCUGCUGCUACACUGGAGGAAGAAGAAGCACAGACUCAGACAAGACACCAGGAAAUCAAAGUCGAAUGGAAACCUCCAACCCAGGAGACCACCAUUUCAGACAUCCCCCACUGGAGAACCCACCCGCAGUUUAACCUGCAGGCAACGCCCAGACCCCCCCUUACAUAACUCUGUCCAUCGUGACAGAGUUGCCUGUAGUCAACAUCAUGCCUAUGCUCUCCCAAAGAAGGGCCACCAAGAAACCGGUACAGUGCAACAGAAUGGUCUCCAGAACCCCAGUGCCCCAGAGCCCCAUGGUCUUCACCAGACCAGUACAUUUGCUGACCAAGGGCGUGUCAGUGGGGACACAGUCGCACCAAGUGGUCAGCACAACCUGAGCACAAUGCAGCACAACAGCCAGCAGAACCCAAACAGUGUCAUUCAGCCAGCAAAAUCCAGCAUUCUCAUACAGACUGGGCCCACGCAACCUGGUUCACUUGCCCCGGCGAUCCAUGUGACACUCAACACUGUUCUUCCCACAGAGCAGCACGGUAACACCAUCCAACCACAAACUAUCCACCUUAAUUUAAAUGCUUCUCCGAACCAGCAGAACACCGAUGUAUUGCAGAACGCUAACGCAGAUCAGCCCAAUGCUGCCCUGUCACCAAAUCCUAACCAUCACAGCCUUAUGAAUUUCGUACCGAGUGCCCCGCCGCCCUUGAGUCCUGCUGUACAAUCUGGACAGACAGCUUCAUUGAUCGUUGCAGAGAACGGUAUUGUAGGCUCUGCCACUCGGAAUGGUGCACAUAUUCAGACAGACUCAACACACCCUACUAACUGCACAGGCACUGAUCAGCGGAAUGCCAUGACACAGACAUACUGGACAAACCCCCGUAAAGCUCAACCUUCCUCUUCUCCCAGGCGUGCCCCAGAGGAGUCCCAACAGCUACCUUGGGACAACCCUCAUGGCACCCCUGCUUAUCCCAAUAGACCCUCCACCCUGCAGCAGUUGGGAAACAGCUCCUCCAGCACCACAGAGUCCCAGCAUAGUGGGCAAAGCCAGAACACCAACCCCCAGUCCAGGCCAAUGGUGCCCAGAUCCGUUGGUGGGCCCAGGGGCCAGACCAUCACGCAUACAACCAUGCAGACAGCCACACGUGACCCCAUUAGGCACACAGUUAUACCGCAAAUGCAAACUCAAACUCAGUCCACAGAACAGAAUGUCACUACUCACCACCAAAACCUGCUCACUGUCCCAGCACCUCAGAACCAGGGGAUGCAAGGACCCAUUCGUGCACCGAACUCAAACUCCCAGCAGCAACAUGCACCACAGAACAGCUCUGCUCCUGUAGCUGCCAGUCAGAACCCUCCGACACAAACAGUCCUGCAAAGUCCCCAGCAGAUACGUGUCAACCAGCCAGGUCCCACUAACCCGGUUUCCUCUCCGCAGCCAAUAACAUCCCAAAGGCUUGUGGCUCACAGUAAGAGCAAUCAAGCAUACUGUGUAGCACAAAACCCUGAUGGUCAGAGACAGGACCCAAACAUUCAAGUGGACACAGUGACACACAGUGCAAAUGUGCAGCAGCAGGUCUCACCACAAACUGCCAACAAGGCCAAUCCGACUGCACAGGCCCCCGGCGCUCUCACACAAACUGCAUUAAAAAGACACACCGCUCAGACCCACAAUCCUUUCCAGAACCGGAACGAGCAGACCCGUGCUGUUCUGGCCAGGCAGGUCCAGCAACCAGGCCGCCGGCCUCCCACACCUCCUCCUGUGAUACCCCUUGCUCAGUUCCAAGCUCUACCCCAGCAACGCCUCCCAGAGUCCCGCCCCAGGCAACCUCAAGUCACUCGUCGACCAGUGACCCAUGCCCACCUCAAUGGCCACCAGCUCCCUGGUCAUGCACACCCCAGUAUGCAGAGACUCCCUCAAACACAAAGGCACCUUACAAAGCAAAGACAGGCCCCUGGAGGCAGGCCGAGGCUCUAGAACAUGUUGGUGCUGACAGUUGGAUUGCUAACAUGGCCCAUUGCUUGACAGGAUCUGCAGAGGAAAGUGAUGGGGACAUCGUGAGAGGGGUCUGAUCUGCUGGCCUGUGGAUAACGGGAGAACAAUAAACCUCCAUUAUUCCUCGCUAUUUGCAAUAUGGGCUUAUUGUUGAUGUCAUGGACUAAUACAGUGGAAAUUCAAUAGCCUCAUUAUUUAUGCGAUAGAACUGUAUUGGCUGGCAAUUACUUGGUCAGAACAAUGAAUGUGAAGAGCCUUGUGCUGUUGGCGCCCUACAUUCUGAAUGAUUACGUGCUGCAUUUGUAUCACCCGAAUGAUAAGGCCAAGAUAAUUCCAUUGUAUUUCAACGCUUCUAGAAACAACAGCAGACCUACAGUAACAGGGACAAAAAUAUGGAACGGCUCCAGUUAUUUGAAUGGGAUUGACUGGGGAAUUGUUGAAAAGAAUUGGAUGGUCACGGUACUCAAUUCCUGUGGAAAUGGUAAUUCAGUGGCGCCCAUGUGUGGACCCUUAUAUUGACACUGUUCAAUUAAUGGGAUUCCUUGUAGUGUCUUCAUGGAAGAGCUGUUCAGUUAACUGUAGAGGGGACCUGAGACACACACCAGCUCAGAUUAAAUAACUGUAUUAAUUUAACGACUUGGCAAAUCGUAUUAUUGCAAAGGCAGGAGGUCAAUGUGCCAAGCGGCGGGGGGAUGCAUUUUAUGGAAGAAUUAAAUGAAAUUGUUCAUUCAGGGAUGUUAGCUGUUUGUGACAUGCAUAGUCAGACCUUCUUUGUUGAAUGUGGAGAGGUUCAGGAGCAUAUUGUUCCCUUACAUGUGUAUGGCCUAAUUUUAUAUUCUUUUAUAUUCUUGAUAUUUGUUUCUUUAACAACUUUUUGUCUUAAAUUGUUAUUCACAUAACCUGCAACCCAGGGAAGCAUGAAGAGCCCUUGUUUGUGACCUUUGCUUUUUAAGUUAAUGAAAUAAAGGAU